AUGCCGGACCAUUCGGCUGUUUAUAUUGCCACUGCAUUUAUUGCGGGUGCCGGUCUAGCCUUAAUAUGUAAAGAGGCACUCACUACGCCGCGCCGCGAAAACCCAACCCCAUCCAAAUCCGAGCCUGAGGGUCUUGUCGCGCGGCCAGGACCUCCGGCCAUUGUCGAGGGCAUUGAAGGAUGCAUUGGGAACACGCCACUCUUCCGGAUUAAAUCCCUUUCUGAUGAGACGGGGUGUGAGAUUCUAGGCAAAGCCGAGUUCCUAAACGGAGCUGGCCAGAGCUCAAAAGAUCGCGUGGCUCUGAGCAUGAUUGAAAUUGCCCAAGAACAAGGAAUUCUAACCCCCCACUCCGGAGACACAAUCUACGAAGGCACAUCCGGCUCAACAGGAAUUUCACUAGCAACCCUAGCCCGAGCAAAAGGCUACCUAGCCCACAUCUGCAUGCCCUCAGACCAAGCAAUCGAGAAAUCCAAUCUUCUCCUCAAACUCGGCGCAAUAGUCGACCGGGUCCCACCCGCCCCCAUCGUGGAAAAAGACAACUUUGUCAACCGCGCGCGUGCCCUUGCCCAGAGUCACACUGGCACAGCAUCAUCGCAAGGCCGCGGUUUCUUCGCAGACCAAUUCGAAAACGAAGCGAACUGGCGCGCCCAUUAUGGCGGUAGUGGUCCGGAAAUCUAUGCCCAGUGCGAAGGAAAGAUUGAUGCCUUUGUCGCGGGUGCGGGUACGGGUGGGACUAUCUCUGGCGUUGCGCGAUAUUUGAAACCGCUACUUCCUAAUAUUACGAUUGUGCUGGCUGAUCCUCAGGGAAGCGGGUUGUAUAAUCGUGUGCGGUUUGGGGUCAUGUUUGAUCUUAAGGAGAGGGAGGGUACGCGGCGACGACCACAGGUUGAUACUAUUGUUGAGGGGAUUGGGAUUAAUCGUGUUACGGCUAAUUUUGAGGCGGGGAAGGAACUUGUUGAUGAUGCGGUUAGGGUUACGGACGCGCAGGCUUUGGCUAUGGCAAGGUGGUUGGUUGAGAAAGAUGGGAUCUUUAUUGGGAGUAGUAGUGCUGUGAAUUGUAUUGCGGCAGUCAAGACGGCGCAAAAGCUAGGCCCGGGCCAUCGAAUUGUUACGGUCUUGUCCGAUUCCGGGUCAAGGCAUCUAUCCCGGUUCUGGGCGAAGGCUGGUGAUGUUGGCGGUGCCGUUGAUACAAAGCUUGAAAGCGUUCUUAAUGCGCGAGAUGAAGAUUUUGAGUAG